AUUAUCAUCAUGAAUUGACGUGCAUUCCAGACUCCUGUUUUAAAUAAAUUUAAUGUCAUCUGUUGAUAACACAAAGGAUUGCUUAGCUUGUCGCUUAAUUAGCGGCUUUGGUUUAAUUGCAAUGGGUGCUUACAUAUUAUCACAAUCAAAGAAUCGCAGAAAAAUUGAAAUGAAUACCAUGCGUUUACUUUCAGGAGGCAUAAUGUUCCUUGGCAUAGCGCGACUUUCUAAUGCAAGUUUUCUUAAAAGCAAAUAAGAUACAUUUUUGCUUGACAAAAACA